AUGCUUGAGUCUCAGUCGACCGCCAAAAUCAUCGCAUCGAGGGACGGUACCAGUAUUUACGCCGACGCAACUGGGAACCCUGCGAAACAAAGCAUCGUCUUUGUUCACGGACUAGCCCUCAGUGGCGCUGUUUUCGACAACUUCUUCGCCAAUAAUCGCCUCCGAAAGAACUAUUAUCUGGUUCGAUACGAUGCUCGUGGUCAUGGACGGAGCGGCAAGCCUUCGGACGCAGAGGCCUAUGCAUCCGUGCACUACGCUGAGGAUUUCUUGGCCGUGGCACACGCCUUUCAACUCAACGAACCUGUAUUCGUAGGCUGGAGUCUCGGCUCGGCUAUAAUUUCCGACAUUGUCGAACAUAUCAAUCCACUUCCAAUUCUAGGCGCGGUUGCAUUUGCUGGGAGUCCUGUAUUGGGCCCAGAAAUCCUACCCAAGCUCAUCUCGCCCUCGAUCAACGGCGUUCUCUCUGCGAUGUUUCAAGACGCGAACGUUACGGCCAGUAUGGAGGGACGCAUGCAAUUCAUCGACGCGUGUUUCCGAGACGCCACGCGGGUACCCUUCGACCUGAAAGCGACAUAUCUCGGGCAAACAGUCGUUCAGCCGCCGACCGUCGCCUUGCUGGCCAUACAGCGAACCCAAGACCCUACCAGGUUAUUCGCCGCAGGACAAGCGGGGACCCUGCGUCUACAGCAGAUUCUUGGUGAUACCGACAGAAUUGCCAACAACAGUGCCGCCGUCGAGUUCGUGAAGCCGCACUUCAAAUUUUUGACGGUCGACACGAUACCGGCGGGGCAUGCUAUGUUCGAAGAUAACCCAGAGCGAACCGUAGAUGCCCUCACAAGGUUCAUCCGAAGUCUACCGAGGAAGCGAUGA